AUGGCGCAGGAGCCAUGGCCGUGUUCUCAGCGCUUCAGUUACUCUUCCUCUUCCAGCUGCUCACGUCGUCUCUCGCUCAGCAAAGGCCAGGUCCUCGGGGUGCACCUGGAGUGCCAGGGCCGCCGGGACCCCCAGGGAAAGACGGCAUCGACGGUAAACCUGGCCCUGCUGGACUUCCUGGAAAGCCUGGCCCGAAGGGUAAAGCAGGUAAACCUGGGGGCCGCAGGGAGCCCGGGACUGCCUGGCCUCCCUGGUGUGGAUGGUUUGACCGGUCUGGACGGUCCAGCAGGCAAGGAUGGGCCGCCAGGAGCAGCAGGUGACCCAGGACCUCCCGGACCGGAUGGACCCCCUGGCAGAGGCAGACCAGGAGCUCUGGGUCUUGCUGGAGCUAAUGGACUUCCAGGUGGACCAGGACCUAAGGGUCCGCCGGGCCCCGAGGGUCUUCCAGGACUCCCUGGUCUUCCAGGCCCAGACGGACCUCCUGGACUCCCAGGAACUCUUCCUGAAGGCAAUGGAGAUCUGCUGUGUCCGGCCAUCUGUCCUCCGGGUCCUCCUGGACCCCCGGGAAUGCCUGGAUUCAAGGGUCACACAGGUCAUAAAGGGAGUAAGGGAGAGCUGGGGAAAGACGGAGAGAAGGGGGAUCAGGGGCCGCCGGGGCCGCCAGGAAUCCCAGGGACAGUGGGCUUACAGGGCUCUCGAGGGCUGAGAGGACUGCAGGGGCCGGUGGGAGCAGUAGGAGACAGAGGAUUGCCGGGCUUCAGAGGAAAACCUGGAAUUGCUGGCAUCAUUGGAAAAACUGGUGAUGCUGGUGAGAAAGGACCGCAAGGUUUCAAAGGGCCCAAAGGAGAGAUAGGGAAAAUAGGUCCCAAGGGACUCCCUGGAGGUGCAGGACCUAAAGGAGAACCGGGCAUCCCCGGCAGGGACGGGAAGGAUGGCACUCAAGGGCUGGACGGUGAAAAGGGAGAUGCUGGGAGACCUGGAGUACCUGGUGAAAAGGACCUAGGCCUGCCUGGUUUGCCAGGAAAAGCUGGUGCAAAAGGUGCCAAAGGAGGAGCUGGCAGUCCAGGAGAGAUGGGAGAAGCAGGGCCAUCUGGAGAGCCAGGUAUACCUGGGGAGAUGGGCGUCCCUGGAGAGAGAGGAGAGGCUGGACCCAGAGGUGUGACUGGCGGCAUUGGAAUAGCUGGAAACCCUGGACCACAAGGUGUUAAAGGAUUCCAGGGUGUUAAAGGGGCUAUAGGUGACCCAGGUCUGCCUGGUCCCACUGGAAUCAGAGGCGGCUUCGGUGAGCGGGGUCCAGUUGGAGCUGGAGGGCCUAAAGGAGACAUGGGAGUUGCUGGAAGUGAUGGUUUGCCGGGGGAGAACGGAGAGCCGGGUCCUUAUGGUCCCGUCGGACAGAAAGGAGAGUCCGGUAAGCGUGGUGAGCUGGGAGCCAAAGGAGUUGUAGGACCACAAGGAGAGACCGGAGCCAGAGGCGCACCUGGAAAACCAGGACCGAUGGGAUUCCAAGGAGAGCAAGGUUUUCCAGGGGUUGCUGGAAAGACUGGUGUUCCUGGCAAACUGGCUAGUGAGCAGCACAUCAGAGAACUGUGUAGCUCCAUGAUUGAUGAUCAGAUAGCUCAGCUCGCUGCUAACCUGAGAAGACCUCUGGCUCCUGGUGCUGUGGGACGGCCUGGACCACCCGGGCCUCCAGGAAAGCAAGGAGAAGUUGGAUCCAUCGGUCACCCUGGAGCCCUUGGCCCACCAGGUUAUAGAGGACUGCCAGGAGAUCUCGGUGAUCCUGGUCCUCGAGGGGACGUCGGCGAGCCAGGUGACAAGGGGCCUGUAGGAGACCAGAUAGAACCGCCCACUUAA